GAUCAUAGUAGCGUAAUGCCGGAAAGAAAAAAUUAACGUACCUAAGAAAAUGGCGCUGUCCUUGGACACCAGAAUUUUAAUGCGAAAAAUGAGAGAUUUAAGAUCUUUAACGUUCAGAAGACAUCGAGUAAAAGCAAAAUGGGCUGCUUCUCGCCCCAAGUACCCACCUACCAAUUUGGCCCUGCGGCAUUUUGAUGUCACCUACAGCAGUCAGCUGGGACAGCUUUGGCCAUCGGUGCGAGCUGCCUUGCUCUCCGAGAGGAAAUAUGGAGCUCUUCUUAAUAAUUUCUGCCAAAACGAUUUUAUGGACAAUCUUGCAUCACAAGGAUGCAGAGACUUUGUCACAGACACAGACAGAAAUGAACAUGCAUGGACGGAGGAAGACCCAAAAGUGGAAUUCAGUGAGAAGUCUGAUUCCACAUGUCCGGAGAAACGUGAUAUUUCUGAUCAGCAACAGUUAUCGCAGCCACGCCUCAGCCCUAACAUCAAGUGUUUAGUCUUUCCAAGAGGAAAUAUCACGCGUUUCAAACCAGCGAGACCAGACACGUCUGGCUUAUUGGGGUACUACUUGAUGGACGCAGCAUCAGUGUUGCCUUGCCUUGCACUAGAUGUUCACGAGGGACACAACUUGCUGGACCUCUGUGCUGCCCCUGGAGGCAAGGCUCUCGCUUUGCUCCAGACACACGCCAUUGGUUUUUUGUGUUUGAAUGAUUCCUCUGUGUCCCGGACGUCCCGACUGAAGAAAGUUUUCCAUAGCUACGUUCCUAAACAACUUUUGACCCACGAGAAGCUGCGCGUCACUUCCUUCGAUGGCACCAAGUGGGGAGAAAUAGAACCGAAUACUUUUGAUAGAGUCCUUGUUGAUGUUCCUUGUACCACAGACAGACAUUCACUCAUGGAGGAUGAUAACAAUAUUUUCAACAAGAUCAGAACGGGCGAGAGGCGACGCUUGCCGCAGCUACAGCUGCAACUACUACUGGCGGGAGUAGUGGCAGCGUGUCCUGGUGGCGAGAUCGUUUACUCGACCUGCACGCUUUCUCACAUCCAGAAUGGUGGCGUGGUUGAACAAGCCAUCGAUUUAGCACGUGAGAGCCACGGCAUCCAGCUUCAGGUUGUCGACCUGCGGCCACUCACGCGCAUGUUCAGGACGACCUUUCAUUUCGCUUCUGACCUUCAUCUGGGUGAGCUAGUCAUCCCACACUUAGCUGCUAACUUUGGACCCAUUUAUAUGUGCAAACUAAAGAGGCUCACCUAGAUUGGUAUUAUGUGACUGGACACUCAAUUACUUACAAUGUACAAAUAUUGUUAUGAUUUUUUUGUAAUAUGAAUGUGCAUUUAACGAAUGUCAGUAAAAUCCCUGUAAAGAAUUA